GUACGGAAUUUCCGGUAGGCCGGCUCCGGCUCAGCCCUCGCUGUUUUUCUGUUAUGGAUCGAUAGAAACUAGGCCUGUGAAAUUACCAUAUUUUUUAAUUUAAGAAACACCAUCUCUGUCUGGACAGAUAGUGGCGGGGAUGCGGAAUCGAAAUGGGAAAUCUUUUCGGGAAAAAGAAAGUAACUCGGAUAACCGAGCAGGACAAAGCUGUGCUGCAACUGAAGCAGCAGAGAGAUAGACUAAAACAGUAUCAGAAGAAGAUCACUCUACAGUUGGAGAAAGAGAGAGAGCUGGCCAAACAUCUGUUGAAAGAUGGAAAGAAAGCUAAAGCACUCCUGCUCUUGAAAAAGAAACGCUACCAGGAACAGUUGCUGGACAAGACGGAAAACCAGAUAAGCAAUUUGGAGCGGAUGGUACAAGACAUUGAAUUUGCACAAAUAGAGAUGAAAGUCAUCGAAGGACUGAAAGUAGGCAAUGAUUGCCUGAAGAAAAUGCAUGAGUUGUUUUCCAUAGAGGAGGUGGAGAGGAUCAUGGAUGAAACAAAUGAUGCUAUUGAGUAUCAGAAGCAAAUUGAUGACAUGUUAGCGGGAUCUCUGACCCAGGAGGAUGAGGAUGCUGUUCUAGCGGAGCUGGAGGCCAUUACUCAGGAAGAAGCUGACCUUGAACUUCCUGAGGUUCCUGGUGAAGAACUGCCAGAGGUUCCAGAGCAAGAACCAGUGCGGGAGAAGGAAAGGGUGAAGAAAAAGGCAGAUCGAGAGAUGCUGGCAGUGUAAAUGCACAUCUGUCCUCCUGCCAUCUGUCACAUCUUCAUGCCGCACCACCGGAGACCUCAAGGGCUCAUCCCAAACAAAGACACUGGGACGUGAUACGAAGAUCUCCUUCUACAUCUAUGGCAUUUUUAAAUUGUAUAUACAAAAGCAUACUGUUUGUCUAGUUUAGUUGGAAGUUAAUUCUGAAGAUCAUUCUUUAAUAGUGCCUGGUCUUUCUAAUUACCCUACACUUUUGUCUAAUUUUCCAAUAACAUCGCAAAGGUUUGUCACGAAUAAACCUGUAACUUAAUGCAUGCAUCGCCUUUACGAUAACAAUAAUCUAUCAGAAAUUAUUCACACAAUUUAGUGUCUCAAACCCAGGAUCUAUAAUGCUAUAAAAUCAGGAACACAAAAACUAAGAUGAGCCAAAUAAUAACUGACUCAGAAGUAAAACAAAUACUGACUUAUGGAAAAUACAGGUGUUACAUACAGGAAAAUACAAGACCAAUGUACAUAUACUUAUUACACUUAAACCAGAGAGGGCAUGACAAACCAUCUGCAAAUUUGUUUAUAGCUAAUAGCUAUAACGUGUAAAUGUGCUGAAACCCUAUACAGCCUCCUUUGUCUGUAAUGCUCUCCAAAUAUUUAUCUCUUUCUACACCACCUCUUAUUAGGAGUGUUUAGACAGUGCAGUUUGAAAUUAUUACAUUGUGCUUCAUAAAGACUGUUUUUUUAUGAAGCAUAUGUACAAAAUAUAUGAUGUAUGCAAGCAAAGCUAUUGACAUUGGCACCGUGAACAGUGUUUUUCUGUAUUGUUUUAGUUCUGGCAUACUGUUUUGGCUAUUUCAUAUCACGACAACGAUAUUAACUCUUAUUCUCAUGCUAGAUUUCUUAUUACUGUACUGUGAUUUCAUUCUUUAGUAAGACCAUUGGCUUGUGGUCUGUCUUCCUCUUUUCAUUUUGUUAUUCUGCAAAAAUAAAUUUUAUUUGAUCAUUUUUAA